AUGUCAACCCCGACGGCCGCAGCACUACUGGCGCACCGCUCCGUGGCUAACAUCCGCGCCCCGUCCCGCGCCGAGGAAUCUCGAGACCCUUCCUCCUCCACAACCACAACAGCCACCACAACCCCCCUCCGCGGCCUCUCAGCCUUCACCACGCCCUCCAGCCUGCGCGCCGACGAAGAAAUCAUCAUCGUCGAGCUCGGCACGCGCAAACUGCACAUCGGCUUCUCGGGCGACGCCCUUCCUCGGGGGACUGUGUGGUUCGGGCCCGACCAGCUGCGCCGGGUCGGGGAUUUUAGAGAAUGGCAGGCAGGGUAUCGGUAUGAUUGGCGAAGUGAGACGGCUGGGGGCAGAUGGGGAAGAGAUUAUGAGCUUUGGAGGUUUGAUGUGAGGGGGGUGGAUCUGGGGUUGGUUGGGGAUAGGGUUGAGAGGGCUUUGAGGGAGGGGUUUACGAAGUACAUGCUCAUCGACUCGCGGCCGAGGAGGAUGAUUUUUGUGCUGCCGUCUGGGCUGCCCAUCCCAUUGCUCUCGGCUGCCCUGGACAGCGUGUUCACGCGCUUCCAGCCGCCUACUAUCUCGCUCCUGUCAUCCCCGCUGGCGAUAACUGUUGGAGCUGGCGUGCGGUCGGCUUUGGUGGUUGACCUUGGCUGGAGCGAGACCGUGGUCACGGCCGUCUACGAGUAUCGCGAGGUCAGCUCGCGCAGGAGUAUUCGUGGCGGUAGGAUGCUGGUUGAGAACACGCACAGGCUGCUUGCGAGCUACCUGCCUGAGCCGUUGAAACGGCCCAGCCUGGGGCAGGAUCAUGUCUUAAGCUUUGAGGAGUGCAGUGAUGUUACGAAUAGGAUGGUUUGGUGUCGUCCGAGGCCGGGGGCAGCAGGAGCAGCAGCUGCUGCUGCAGCUGCUGAGCAGCAAGUUACACAAACCCCUUCUUCUUCGUCGAGUGUUUUACCUACAGUCCCAGAACACGAAGAACCCCCUCAAGUCCAAGAACCAACCCCAUCUGCCGAAGAGCCAACCAUCAUCAAUAUCCCGCUCACCUCCUGUGCGCGCCCAGUCACGGUCUCAAUUCCCUUUGACGCCUUCUCCGACCCCUGCGAAGAAACUUUCUUCGACUCCCAAUACGCCCCAGCCAGCUUCGACGACCACGAACUGCCAAUCCCCUUACUCGUAUACCGCAGCCUGCUACAGCUCCCCCUCGACGUGCGUGCCGUCUGCAUGGCGCGCAUCAUCUUCACCGGGGGUUGUGCCAAUGUGUUGGGUCUGCGUGGGCGGAUUUUCGAUGAAGUCUCUCAUCUGGUGCGCGAAAGGGGAUGGGAUCCCGUGCAGGGCAGGGGCGUGGAGCAGUAUAAGAAGAAUACCAAGCUUAAGAGGGGACCGCCGGUUGGCCAACCACCGCGGCAGGGCACGCCCGAACAACAAACACAACCACAAAUCCAGAUCACCACCCCCAGCGGCGGCAGCAGAGAAUCCGGAGAAGGAGAAUCAGGAGAAAGAGGACAAGAACAAGACGGCAUCUGGCAAGACUCCCCCGCCCGCGACGCCCCCCAAAUCGACCCAAUCGACGAACAACUUAAACGUCAAGCCGAUAAAACUCCCAAGCCUGUGCAAGGCCAGCUAAGGGCGAUUGAGUCGGUUGGAGCAUGGAGCGGCGCCAGUCUUAUUACUCACUUCAAGGCGCCGGCGCUAGCGGUCGUCGAGAAGGACCAGUGGCUUCAACAUGGGGUUGCAGGCGCUAGUAAGCCGGGGGAGGUUGAGCACCAGGUUAUGAGUAAGAGCACUUCGUCGCAUAGGCAGAGUUUGGGCGGUGGGUUAGGGAGGGGGAGUGGGGGAGCUUGGACUUUGGGGAUUUGGGGAGCUGUUUAA